GCCGCCAACGCGGCCCGGGAGCGCAGCCGGGUCCAGACCCUGCGCCACGCCUUCCUCGAGCUGCAGAAGACUCUGCCCUCGGUGCCGCCCGACACCAAGCUCUCCAAGCUGGAUGUGCUCCUCCUGGCCACCACCUACAUCGCACACCUCACCCGCAGCCUUCAGGAUGAGGAGGAGUCACCGGGAGAGGGCUUGGGCACCCUGCGUGGGGAUGGAUACCUCCACCCUGUCAAGAAGUGGCCCAUGCGUUCCAGGUUGUACAUUGGAGCCACGGGACAGUUUCUGACUCACUCGGCACAAGGAGACAGCGCAAAUCAUGGGGAAACAUCAACAUCUUCACAGAUCUAACCUCCCCUCUUGCUUUUAAAAAAAUGGUUAUUUAUUACACCUUAUAUAUAUAUAUAUAUUUAAGGUAAAAAACUAUCUACAGACAAACUAUAAUUCCUGAAAUGCUGUUUGUAGAGGAGAAGGAAUUGAUUCUUAAAUGUAAUUAAUACUUCAUUAAGUUAAUGUUUUUCUAUCAUUGCUGCGAUCUGAAUGAGGGGGAGUGGGAGGUGCUGACUGCAGCCAGCUCCAAUCCGAGCAGCAGCAGCAAAGAGCUGGCAGCAGAGUUAAGUAUCCCUGUCCUCUCUGGGAGAAGCGCUGUGAGAAGAGAGAGGAGGAUGAUGUGCUAAUGGCCAAGUGCAGGACAAAAUAGGCUUGGGUGAAAAAAGAAGGGCAAGGCUAAAAAUAGGAACUGUAAUCCCACGUAGACUUUCUCCACUGCUUAAAGCCGAUGGCAGAAAUCCCCUGACUGCAGCUGUCAGGUCAGGGCUCCAGCCAUCGGAUAGUCCUACAUGUUUGUAGCUAUUGCUGGGAAUGUGGAGGCAUGUUCACGGAGUAAAAAUGUGCUGGGAGACCUGUCCCUCCUGCACAGAGUGCUGUAAUUUGGAAAGUAUCCUGCUUGUAUCCACCACAGGACUGUGCUGCAUGUUAGGGGCUCAGCCUGUGUUUGCUACCCCGGCACAACCACAUGUCUGCUCACCACAGCACGGCUCAUUUCACUUCAGGGGUUCACGUGUUGGGGCAGGUGAGCCCAAAGUGUUGGCUUGUUCAUAGCACCAUUAUUCACUUAAACAUCUGUAUUUAGGCAAGAAAAGUUGAAACCAAAUACACAAAUGUCAUCUGUUGUACCUGUUCUGUAAAACGCUGUACUUCUCAUAUAGUUUGUUAUUGCUGAGGUAAAUGUUCUAUUAAAUAUUAUUCAGUGAAGAUUA